AAGUCCCUUGUAAUUAGGCUUGAAUAUCAGCGGAUUAACGGCUUAGCUUUGCUUACCUCUUACUUCUGAUUCUGAGAGGUCGAGAGACCAGUUCGCACAAAAUAGCCCAAGUGAGCACAACCGAGCACUUCACUUUGAGAGCAAAAUGUCGAUGGGAACCAUAGGUCCAGUGACCCCAAGCUCUGCGAAGAGGAAGAGAUCUCGAAGCCGAAAUCGUGAACUGAAACAUCCGUGGAUUAACAAUUUUCACCAACUGCGGAAAGACAUCCCAGCCUUGGAACGGGCUGCAAAAUAUUCCGAAUCUUUGUACAUUAUGUUAAAGGAGUCUAGCCCUAUUAUGAAGUCGACCAUGAUUCAGAGCGAGGAACUGGCUGUAAAUGUGAUGGAGUCGCUUCAGAGCUUUGCUAAGACAUCGAAUUUGACGGCCAUGUUGGUUCAAACUCAGGAUUUUAUGGAGGAUCAACUAGAGCAGAUGGUUCUCACAAGAAAAUGGAUGACCGAACGAAUGGAGAAUGCAAGUCAGGAGGCUCAGCAGCGAAUGCGGCACAUGCAAACGCAGAUGCUGAUUGCCUUGGAUCGGAGCUUCUUUGACACCUUGGAAGGCAUUCAUGCUACUAUGGAUCAGAUCGAGGGCGUGUGCGGUACCAUUCUUCUUCCGCCUUCUGCAGAAGAUACAAGAUUGACGGGUACAUUGGAUUUUCGAAGCACCGUCAAGCGUCUCUUGAGGCUUUCAUGGCGGUUCAACGGCGGAGUUCUUCAGUGGAUCUCCCAAAAGGUGUACCCUUUCAUCGAUUGGAAUAACUGGAUGCUGUUGGUGGAGUCCCUUUAUCACCCCCAAAAAGUCCAAUACCGAUUCCAAACCAUCCGCGAUGAAAUUGGGCGGAAAAAUGUCUCCCGUGAUUUAAAUAGGAACUCAGAGCUGCUCUUCGUGGAUAAGCAAGCCAUCUAUCUUGGCCGGAACGUCCGUCAUGCUUGGGAAAUCAUGAGUGGGGAAACCCGACGAAUCUUUGACUUGAUCAUGGACGUGAACGAGUAUUUCAAGAUUCGUCUUCUUCAACUGACGGACGAUCUGAAGGAGGUCCGAUCUAUUCAAGAUUUGACGGUUCUCUGGGUGCAACAAAUCAGGACAAUCGUUCAAUUCAUGAAGACUUCGAAACCGGGUUACAUCCACGACUUCGACGUCUUGACCAAAUUGCAAGCUUGGUUGAUUAAGCAAGAAAAAAGUCUGAAGACCGCCUAGGAUAUCCCUAGGAAGACCAUUGACGAGAUUUGACCGGAAUGUGUACAAUAUAAAAUCAGUCUUGUGUUCAUCUAAAAGUCCGGAAUCACCAGAUGUUUACAGUUUGCCAAAUAUGAAGACUCAAUCAGGGGUUAUUAAAAACUUCUCUGUGCGCAAUCGCUUUUUAAUUCAGAGGGAUUCGAGGAGCGUGAUGAGCAAAUCUCCUUCGCCGAAGACCAAAAAAAAAUAUCUCAGUGGAAACCUACCACACGUUCCCAAACGUCCCACGGUUGAUCGAGAUAUGGUUAGGAGCAAAAAAUUCACCAAAUAUGCGAUAAAGUGAUUGAAGGUUUGGGAUUAAUUUAUACUUAAAGAUACUGUAGCUAUUCGAAUUUCUAAGCACUAAGAAAUUACCUAACAUAUAUAUCUAAUACUGAUGUAACCCAUCUGCUAUUGGCAGUGCUUGAACUUUUACCAUUACCUUUUAGAAAAAGCAAUCGAUAUCGUUACCCUUACCGCUCCUAUUGCAAAAAAGGGGGCCUAACACUAGAAAAAAAUCUUCAUGCGAUUUUUUAACAUUCAGUAAAAAUGACUCCAGUGAUUAUUUAUUUGAUCCCGUCAGUGGCAAGUAAGUCAUUGCAUAUGAGACGGAACCUAAAACAUCGGGUAAGAAACCUUUACGCAUUUUUCUUUCCCUCCUUUGUACAAGAAGAAUGUAACGGUAACAGUAGGGCUAAAAACCCGUUCCGAUACCAUUACCGUUACUUUUUCAGAAAAGUAACAUGUUACCGGUAGCAUCACUCAAGCCCUGACUAUUGGUAUAUUUAACCAAUACUACUAUUAUUGGAUAAUACAUAUGUUAUGCUUGUGAUUAAACUACACAUGUUAAAAAUAAAUCUAACGGAUAAUAA